AUGUUAUUUAAUAUUUUCAACUUAGGCAGUAUGCGUGUGUGGUACCUCCUGUCUUUGCUGUUUGGACACUGCGUCUGCAAAGUCUAUUUCGAUAAACUUGACCGCUACAUAAUAUCCUGUCACACGACGGACUUCGAGUGCUUCAAGCGGCAGUACAAGGCGCUGCGGGACAAUGUGUUACUGGGCAACGACAGGCUGGGCAUUCCCACCUAUGAACAUUAUGUCUUUGCUUACGGAGGAGGCACCUGCGUCAAGCUGACAGGCUUGGAAGAAAGUGAACUGGCUGCCAUCAAAUUUGAAAGCGAGCAGAAGAAAUUGACGCUGGUGCUGGAACUGCCGCUGAGGAUCCAACAGGUCAAGGACACUAUCAAAAUGUGUGCCAGACCUGAUCGAGAAUUCAACAUCGUUCAGCCGCAAAAGAGUCCUCUGAUGAGAUUUACUGGAAAUGCAACUAUAGGAAUAACAUAUCCAUAUAAGCUAAAGAAGAAGAAGGGCAUGGUGUACCUGCAGCUGGAAGACGAGAACCUGGACGUGAUCCUCGACAUCCCGGACCUGAGCCACUUCCAUCUCAAUAGUGAAGUUGAAGCCAAGUUGUACGAAUGGUCGGAGUGGGCGUACGAGGUGGUGCAACACGUGGACGCUGCGGAGUACUUCGCACUCCCGUAUACCUCCCAGCUACGGACCCUAAUGGACCAUCUACCUUUAUACAGAUUCAUUAUGCUUUACCCAGAAGAAGAAUACGAGGACUUACAGUUCUCAUAUUCAGAAGCAACAGUUGCUACCAAUCCUUAA